AUGGCGUUGCCGUGGUUGCUGGUGGCCGUGGUGACGGCAACGUGGAGCAAUGGCUGGCGCUCCAAAGUCGCCGACACCGUGCGCGUCCUGCCAUUCCAGACAAAUCACUCCGAGAUGCAUGAACUCGAGCAGUUGGACCAGGCCCUUCGCAUUGCCGUAGCCGCGGCGCAGGAAGAUCCCCAAGCCAAGCACAUUCUCAUCGAUUUGGGCGUGAAUGGACCACAUGCACGAAGUGAGCAGCUGGUGCGCCCACGCCUGCCUGCGGGAUCCCGUCGAAGUAGCGCGAAUGAAGAUCUCCAGAGCCACAGCCUGGGGUCCCAGCUGCAGCAAGAACUGCCUGCGCGCUACUAUUGCGCCGAGCUUGACCUGUGCAAUACUGCUGAACCCGAGGCAAAGUUGGCGGACCUGGCGUUCUCACCACGAACCAAUUGGAUGCUCCUCUCACAAGAUGCAGCGUGGCACAUGUCCCAGGUGUGCAUGCCACUUCUGCAGCAUGGCAAGGCCUGGACCUCAACUUCCGAUCUACAAGCGUGUAUGCUUCGCUCCUUUCCCGGUGUCCAGCUCUGGCACUGGGCUGAAGAUGAUGCGGACGCCCAGCCCCCUUUGCCUUUGUCACAAUCUCUACAACAGAGCCUGUGCCGCUCUGGGACGCGGGAAUGCGAGUGUCGGCUCGAUGUGGCGAGUCAGCAAGGCCGCUUCUUUUUUCGCAACCUUCAUGAGAAGGCCUGGGAACUGCAGCAACAACAACAACAGCAAUCACCGCCACUCACCAAGCAGGCGGAUCGUAUUUGUGAUUUUCGACGGAUCGGUCGGCCUCCGAGCCAAGCCUCUCGCAAGCCUCCGGUCUUAUACUCGGCCCCGGGCUCUGGAAACACUUUUGUGCGCACCCUUCUCGAUGCUGCCACGGGCUACUACUCGGGAAGUUUAUAUUUGGACGCCACACUCAUCGACUCGUUGCCAGGUGAAGGUCAUUGCAAUCACGUCUCUGUGGUCAAGGCGCAUCCCAACAUGCACAGCGUGGAUGACCUCCUUGGGCAAACCCCAACCUUGCGUCGCAACUGUGGGCCCUUUGACGCCUUUGCCAUUGUGAUUCGCGACUUUUAUCACGCCGUCUUUGCCGAGUUUCAGCGUCGCUAUGUGGAAGUCGUGCAGGCCAGCAACCCGCGACUCGCACUCAACCACCACGUGAGUACCCUCCAGUGGAAAGAUUGGGAUGCUGACUUUCGCUUCAUCUGGCAAGACUAUGUCAUGCGCAAGGCCAAGGAGAGCGUGGCCACAUGGGCCCAGUACGAGCGCUUGCGUCAGUUACCCAAUAGCACCACCCUGUUGGUGUCAUACGAGCGCCUCGUAAAUUCGGCGGAGCGCGCCUCUGAACUUCGUCGGCUCGUGAGCUUUGUUGUGGGCGAAUCGGCGGUGGACGAAAGUCGACUUGAGUGCGCCUUUGAAAGCAGCGCAAGCGGCCAGGUGCGCCGUGUCAAGCAGGAAUCGGACCUGAAUCUGCAGGGUGUUUUUACGCCCCGCCUCGUCUGCCGGGUGUGGCAGUUGAUUCAACCUUGGGCCGAACCGCUUGGGUAUGGCCCGCUUUUUGACUUGGAGUGUGCUGAUGGUGAGCCAGCCCCGCGUCGCUCUGAGAUCCUGGACAGGUUUCUCUCUGGCACCAGCACUGAAAGCGACGGCAAGGCCAAGGCCACCGCUUCAAGAAAUACACAGCGGCGGCGGGGUGGGGAUGGGCCACACUACUACCGCGCCGGUUCUGCUCGCCAAAAUCGCCUCAAACUUUAA